AUCACGUUGAAAAACAGGUCUCAGGGUGAGACGGUAUCUGCGGUUAUUGUCAAGGUCCAUUAAUGCUGGUGCUCUCCUCAGCUAACAAAGUGCUCACUUUUAUUGUCAGGAAAAGAAUGUACAAAAUCUGCCCAUCUCCUGCUCUUGGUUUGUCUUCUUUAGGCUACUGCCUACCCGACUGAGCAAUAGCCUUCCAGCGAGAAAAGGAAUUCAAAUUUCAGAGAAGUGUUAGGUAUUUACCGAAUACACAAACAAACAGACAUUUUCUGCUAUGUGUCUUUUUUACGCAUUCCCUUCCUGAAGAAUAUAGUCCCACUUCAGGGAGUCAAUAUCAAAGAAACAGAGGAAUGUAGCAUCUUCUUCGCCUGAUUCUGCUACUUCUCUGUGCAACCAUUUUGAUUUUUCAUCUCUCGAACAAUGCUUUAGCUGAUGCUGGAUCCGACCCUCCACUUUAUCCUCCGCUAUAUUCAUCACCAGCGAGAUUCUCUCCAGAGGAUAUUUCAAGUAAAAAACACCAUAUGGGUCCGAAUAGGAAAUUGCUCAUAUCACUGUGCGCUGCUGCUUCUGCACUGUGCACUAGCAUAUUGCUCGUGGGGUGCUUCUGGAUUUAUCAUAGAAAGAAAGUUCCGAAAUCUCACAAGGAUGGCAUUCAUGGUCCAGAUAAUGGGAAUGGUCCUUUGUUUUCGGCAUACAUUGGCAAACACAACUCCUCCAAGUCAAAUUCCUGGAAACAACAUGAUGUUGCUUUGUGGGAGUACAGUGUCCUUGAAUCAGCCACAAACAGUUUUCAAGAGAGUGAGAUCUUAGGUGGAGGGGGGUUUGGAGCCGUGUACAAGGGAAAAGUAGAAGAUAACUUUUAUGUAGCUGUGAAGAGGCUGGUAGUUGGAGGACAAGAUUCAAUACAAACAUUUGAGACUGAGAUAGAGGUAUUGAGAGCAACCCAGCAUCCAAAUAUAAUUUCAUUGUUGGGAUAUAGCAUUCAUGCCGAAACGAGGCUGCUUGUUUACGAAUUAAUGCCAAAUGGAUCUCUGGAAAGCCAACUACAUGGACCUUCUCAGGGAUCAGCAUUAACAUGGAAUCGUAGAAUGAAAAUUGCCCUUGAUACCGCAAGAGGAUUAGAAUAUUUACAUGAACACUGCAAACCAAAAGUCAUCCAUAGAGAUCUGAAAUCCUCUAAUAUUCUUCUAGAUGCCAACUUCAAUGCCAAGCUUUCAGAUUUUGGUCUUGCUGUAAGACAUAAAGCUCAAAACAAAAGCAAUAUUAAGCUUUCGGGAACCGUUGGAUAUGUAGCUCCAGAGUACCUAUUAGAUGGAAUACUAACAGAUAAAAGUGAUGUGUAUGGCUUUGGAGUUGUACUUUUGGAGCUUCUACUAGGAAGAAGGCCAGUGGAGAAAUUGGCACCAGCUCAGUGCCAGUCUAUUGUCACAUGGGCCAUGCCACAGCUAACAGACAGAUCAAAGCUUCCCAACAUUGUCGAUCCUGUAAUUCGAGAUUCAAUGGACAUUAAGCACCUAUGUCAGGUUGCUGCAGUUGCUGUGCUGUGUGUUCAACCGGAGCCAAGUUAUCGCCCAUUAAUAGCAGAUGUGCUCCAUUCUCUUAUACCCCUAGUUCCCGUCCAUCUCGGUGGGACCCUAAGUGUUUAUCAACAAGCGCCUUAGUUCUGCGGCUGACAUGCCUUCUGGGAACUGAUUUUUUAUUAUUGUCCACUGAACACUUCCUCAGUUAUUCCCCCCUAUGGUUUGUGGGUUGCCAGUGGAAUGGCAUACGUGUUCAUUUCAUUUCACUUCAGGCUCAGCUUGUUGUAGGUUGAAGCAAUGUUCUACCAUAUUCUUAGUACAUGUAUAAAAAACAGUAAAAGGAAUGAAAAAAGCAUGGCCCAUCCUACCUAAAA